CGUUGUUUUUGUAGAGUUAGUGAAAGUUUGCGUCAGUUUUUGAAAACUAAAUGUAAACACAAUUUAUAAAUGAUUUUCGUAUUGAAGUGAUUGUCAAACAAUGUCUGCGUUAUUAUCGUUGAGGACAUGGAAGCGAUUGAUGGCAACGAAAGCCAUGUGUUGGACACAAAGGCAGAGCAUAUCGUAUUUGUUGACUAAACUAAACGAUAGGAAAUUAAUUGGUGUCAAAGGAAUCGAUUCUUACGAUUACAUCCAGGGUUUAGUGACCAACGAUUUAAGGCAUUUGAGUCCAACUCUUGAGACGAGUGUAACCCACGAUUGCAUCCAUUCUUUUAUGUUAAACACAUCCGGAAGAGUCAUAACCGAUGUCUUUGUUUAUAAAUACGAUUACAAUAGCAAUGAAACAAAACAACUGUUUAUUGAAAUUGAUUCCCAAUUAUUGGAUUCAAUCACGAAAUUCUUGAAGUCGUAUAGAAUUCGCCGAAAAGUCGAUAUCGAUGUGAGAAACGACUUUGAGGUUUGGUCUCUCUUUCCCGAUGUCCGCCAUUUUGACGACCAAACUGUCAAACAAUUGUCUGAAUGCGAGACUAGUUUUGAGACAUUAAAUACCAAAGAUCUGAUUGCAGUUAGAGAUCCGCGGCUUAAAGAAAUUGGUUUUCGGCUUUUAGUUAACAAUAAAAGUAGUGGUAAUGAAAACAAAGUCAAAGAAGACAUUAAAAACUUUCUGAACUCACAGUCCAUAGAAUAUAAGGAAACAAAUAGUGAUAAUUACGACAAAUAUAGGUAUCGUUUGGGUGUCGGCGAAGGAGUGAAAGACUUCCCGAUUGAGUCCUGUUUUCCACUCGAAUGUAACGGAGAUUUUCUCCACGGAAUCAGUUUUCAUAAAGGUUGUUAUGUGGGACAGGAGUUGACGGCACGGAUAUACCACACGGGAGUCAUUCGCAAACGCCUAAUGCCUAUAGAAUUCAUUGGCGACAAAGAACUGCCAGAAAAAUUCAUUGGCGACAAAGAACUGCCAGAAAGUAUUGCCAUUCAAAACAUCACAACAAAUGAAUCCAAAAAUGUGGGCAAAUUCAGGAACAAUUCAGGUGUUUAUGGUUUAGCACUUCUUCGGUUCGAGGAUUGCCUUAAAACCGAUAAAUUAUCUUUGAGUGAAAGCGGACUAACCAUCCGAUGCUCUAAACCUUUUUGGUGGCCUAAAGAGCAUCGAAUCGAUCACAUCGUCAAGAAUUGA